AUGGAUAUCCUCACUCGCCUGAUUGCCGGUACUGGCUCGUACCAAACAAAACAAAGGACAAAUACACCAGCUGAGCGCCUUGCAUCUUGCAAGAGCAUCUGCAAUGCCUUGACACACACCUGGCGCAGCGGCAGCGUCGAGCGCGAUGACGAAGCCGCAUUGAGCUACACUGUCAAACUCCUCCAACGCCUCGAGAGCAUUCUCCACGAUGAGUCGCGCAGAGCCGCACCGCACUCCUGCCUCCGCUAUGUCGCCUCGAACCAGGUGUACAUCAUAAUCACGAAGCUCGCCGUUUCCUCUGCCAAUGCCGAUAUCAUCAAGUCCUCUGCACAACUCUUCCAUAUCCUCAUUAAUGGCGAGGCCGAAGGGUUGCUGGACAGCAAGCUGUUCACGAGGUCUUUGUUGGACCUAGUAUGCUUUGCUACAAUAGGAGGAAGGCUUAUCGUCGAAGAACGUCUGGAGACAGACCUGGUGGAAUUGCUAUUCGAGAUCGCUACCAAGAUUCGGCUCGACCCAGACAUUCUUCCAGCUUGGUUCUAUCCGGACCGAGAGCCAACACGUGGACGCAAUGCGGCAGACGACUCUAGGAGAAGUCAAUUCCCAUUGUUUCAUGUGCUGGUGCAGUAUGUCCAUCACGACGGGCCGGUGGGCGACUUUGCUCGCACAGCGUUGUUAUACCUGACGGAAACCGCCUCCAAAUUUAAGCCAUUGGAAACAUGGAUGCUCGAGAGUGAUCUGGCACCCCAGAUGGCUAGUGGUCUGGGUGCCCUAUACAGCAGGCUCAGCAGACAGUCGACUCCCCUUGGUGGCCAAGUCGCCGCACCUCCUAUUGUCUGCCUCUCGGAUUGCUCAGAACCACCUGCGUCACUCACUGCGGUACCGCAAGUCUUUCGGCAGGACAUGAAGGCCUUCUUCACCUAUCUGGCGUUCUGGCAGGAUACCUUGAACCACUGCAAGUCAGCGGAAGUCAGUGAUACUUUGCUCGACCAUUUCCAGGUUCUUUUUGUCCAACAGCUCCUUUAUCCAUCGCUCUUGGAGUCAUCGGAUGUCGAGGGUGGCUCUACCGCCGCGGUCAUAACCCACCUAUCCCGUAUCCUCCUUGCUCUUGACCACGAUCAGCUUGUGGACCGCAUCUUACGUUACCUUCUGGCGUCACCGAGUAUGCCCCGUGGGCCUACAGAAAGAAGCCAUCGAAGACAGAGGAUGUCUGUUAGUAGACGAAAGUCUAUUGAUCACUUGAGAGCCCUUGCAGAAGUCGCCGACAGCCCUUCUCCAAAUCUUUUCAAUCUCCUCGACUUGAUGGUAAUGAGCCUCAGAUCACGACACUCGGAAACUGUCAAUGCUUGUCUCAAGCUCUUAUCAGUCAUCAUUCAGAACCAUCACAGCCACGUUCUCACCAGUCUCUUCAAGCUUGAACCCACGUCUGCGUCUCCAGGCCAACACGGGGUUGAACGGCUGAACAGCUCCUUGCUCAAAUUGUUUGAUUAUGCUGCUGCGAUAGCCAACAGUUCCGAGAUGGACGAGUCAUAUCAGGCAGCCUUGCUAGACGAGCAGAUUCUCCUGGAGCAGCACAGCUGCUUGCGUAUGAACCUAGCGGACGUGGAGGGAACGGACGAACAAGACUUGUCCAUUGCCCAAGAGUGCAAGCUCUUCGAAGCUCUACUCACGCUACUUCGAAACUUUUUUGCGAAUGACACAGUUACGAACCUUUAUCUGACUGAGGCUGUCAUGGCUUUGGCUGCCUGUGAGCAUAUGAACCUGCAGGGGUGGCUCCUGCGCUCAGGGAAGGACACGAAUAGUGAAGACUGCUCUACAACCAACGUCACCUUCAUUGUUGGCGAACUUAUUGAGCAAGUACGCCAAUGGCGUUCGCAAUUCCCUGAAUGGGAUGAGCUUAUCUUUCGAAGAAGACUGGAACUGUCAGAGGAUGACCCGCUCACCGCUGCUCAGAAUCCAAGGACUUCCUCAUGGCAGCAUAGGGAGACUGAUUCAGGCACCAGAAGCGUCUCGCCUUCUGCUGGAAAGUCUCAGUCACCACCGAUAACUCCGCGAGGGCGGAAGAUAGCGACGAAGGACUUUGGGUCCAUCGACACUGCUUUGUCCAAGUCAGAAACGCGUCGGGCCGGCACCACUGAGCACACAGUCGGUCAUUCGCCCCUUCGACAAUCAGUCCCAACACAAUACGAGGAAAGCGAGGAAUCAGCUCAGCAGCCGCCAUCUUUGGUGCCACCGCCAUCAAUGCCGCUUCUGAAGACACAAGUUGCGCUCUUCAAUUUCAAGGCACCGGAAGAGGCUUCUGAAUCCCUACCCGUACAUGCAGGCCGCAAGCAGACAUCAAGCCCUGUUGGUGAUAAACGUCCCGUCUUGUUGGACGCGAGUGGCGCAUCCGGAACUGCAACUCCAAGCGGUCCAGAUGCCUGGUCGUUGGGCUCGAGGAACCAGGUCAGUCUCAGCCAUAUAUUGACCAAUGCCAUCAUUCUUCAAGAGUUUAUUCUCGAGAUUGCAGCAAGUGUGCAGCUGCGGGCGACGUUCUUUGGCGAGGUCGAAUUUACCACGAAAAUGUCGGAUUAG